AUGAUAAACGAUAAAAAUGAAGUAAAAUUAGAUGAAGAAGAUUUUGAUGAUACUGAAGAGACCUUUAUACGAUGGAGCAAUUUACUCUUUUUACCUUUCAAUCCGAUCUUCAAAAGUCUUGUCCUGGUUAUGGUCGUCAUCAAAACACUUCUCUUAAAUGAAACUGAUCCCAAUUAUAGUACGUACGUGUAUGGAACAAGUAUCGUAAUAUCAUACAUUGUUAAUCAGCAGUUCGAUGAAAUAAAACCCGCAACAUUAGCAGAACUUGUUAUAAUUAGCGUUUUAAUGAUCGCUGGAAAUCUAUUGUUAACGUUUGUCGUGUUUCCUAAAAUGGUAGCUGAAGCUUUAUUGAAAUUAAGGAGAAUAUGUACAUAUUAUCCUCAAGUUCAUAGAUUGAUUGAGGAAGCACAAAGGCGAAACCCGAACUCAACGACGUAUCUAGAAAUCAAAGAGUUUUAUGCGGUUAUAUGGAAAAAGCGUAACGGUAUUACCUGGAUUCCAGAAGUUAUAUCGGAACUGCCGAGAUAUUUAAGAAUUGAUAUUAAACAGGAUUUAGUAUGGCCGGUGUUUUAUCACAGUCCAACGUUUAGAAAAGCAUCUGCACCUUUCAAGCGUGCGCUAUGUGAAUAUAUUCGUAUAGAUUAUAAAUUGCCAGGAGAAAAGUUUUUUGGUGGACCACACUGCCAGUCGCAUUUGCAUUAUGUCAAAUCUGGGAUCGUUCAACUGAUUUCUUCAGAUGAUGGAUCCACACCUUUAAUUUCUGUAUCAAGCGGCACGAUUUUUGGAGAUAUCAGCUUCUUUAUACCUUUUAAAAGAAAAGUGACUGCACAAUGUCUCACAUACUGCGAAGUGUUGUAUAUAUCACGUGUGGAUAUAUUGAAUACUAUUCACAAAUACCCAGAAGAUCGUCGUAUGAUCAUCCAACAGGCUAAGGAUAGAAUUAAACAUGCUCGUACUUUGUACUCGUGUAAGCAGCUUGUUCGAGGUUUAGACAGAACUGAAGAUGAAGGUAUUGCAUGGAUUAAAAAGCGUUGGUGGGAAAUUUCUGAAGCAGUGUCUAAAUGGAAAAAGCUGUCAUGUAAAAAGGAGCCUGAAAAAUGUAAAUUGCCAGCAGAAGAAACGGCAUAUCAUUGUGCCAAAUAUAUUGGUCAAUUAGUUCUUUGCAGCGACGUUCAGUUACAAAUGAAAUCAAUGUUUGCUAACGUAAAAUUUCCCUGGAUAUUUGUACCAAAUUCGAUAUUUGGGAGAAUUUGGAGUAAUAUUGUCUUUGCUACAGUAUUUUGCGUAUUGGUGCUAUAUCCUCCAUAUAUAACAAGGCAUGAAAAGCCGAAGUGGUUUAUAUUUUUCCAAUUUUGGGCAGACUUGGUUUAUAUAUUGGAUAUAUGCGUUGCUCUUCUCACGUCGGUUGGUUCAGUGUCUUGUGAAUAUCCAAAUGAAAAAGGGGAAUUAAUCAGAAAAACUUACAAUCCUGGUGAAUUGCUCACGUCUUUUGGAGUGUUCUUUAAAACAGCAUCACUUCGAACCCUCAUAGCGUAUACUGAAUGCGAGAUUUUAUACAUUAAACUUAACGACUUCAACAAUAUUGUCAAAAGUUACCCCUACGAAUGGGAUCAUAUACAAAAUUGUGUGUACGAGUUUUCUCCAGCUGUUGAUGCUUUAGUAAAAGAUUACGUGAACAAGUAUAGAAAUAUGGGCUUUUACGAUCAACGAGGUUUACUAAUAACGAGUAUGAGAAAAACUAUACCACAUUACUUGAGUCGAGGUUUCAUUUUCGAUGUCUUUGGUUGUAUGCCAUUUUAUCAAACUGUCAGUUUAUUCGUGACGACAACUAUUGAGGAAAAUGAUGGGAUGUUGAUUGACACGAUGAGCAAGUUUGCACAUUUGUAUUUACUUACGGGAUAUUUUGACUAUGUUGCUGAUAUGCCCAAUAUAAAUUUUUGCUUGUUGAUGAUAUUAAAAUGGCAAGUAGUAACAUUGCUUGUGUCGCUGGGCUCGAGCCACUUCUUUGUCAGCAAAUGUAUCUGGUUUGAAUGGGGGGACGGAGGGGAACUAAUGGGCAUGUCUCGCCAAAACUAUUGCUGGUUACCAAACUACCUUCCAUUGGAUAAGAAACCCACUAUACAUCAGUUACAUAUGGUUUACGCGGAAAGUCUUAAUCUAGCCCAAAGCGGUUUUAUGAGAUUUAACCUGGGCAAGUUUCAAAUAAAUCGAAAACAUCUCGGCGUUGGAUUUAUGCUUCUAGUACUCGGAUUUAUGUUUUGGACCAAAGGUAUUAAUAUACAAAGUCUCAUGAACGAACGAAUCGGUGUUAUAUUUAGACAAGACUUAAGUUACUAUUUUUUUAAAAAGACAGUUGAAGCGUCAGAUACGUUACUAAGCGGCGGUGAAAGUGUAGAAAGAGAUCUGGCUAGCGCUGCCACCCAGCUUUACUUCCUUCCAGGAGAGAUAAUCGUUAGGGAAAUGAAUUUGACCCCGUGGGUUUAUAUUGUGCAUCGGGGCAAGAUUGUUGUAAAACAAGGAGGGCAAGACUUGGCCAUUUUAACUAAGGGUUCUUUAUUUGGACAACUAGACGGAACUUCACCAAGACCAGUUCGGAUAUCAGCAGAGUCAAUCGAUCACGCUGAUUUAUUGCAAAUACCGUUUAGCGAAUUUCAAGAAAUAGUUGGAGAUAAGGGUAGGGAAAAUAUUGCUAAGAACUCUCAAUCUAAAUACGAUUAUAUGCUCGUGAGAAAAAUGAUAUUCGAAAAUCCAUAUAACACAGUGAAAUAUUUGCUUCGAGGGAUGAAAGCUUUAAAGUUACCUUGGAUGAAAGAUAAAAUGAAGUGUCAAUCCGGUACGUGGUACUACAACUGGUCAUAUUUAUCGCUGAUGGCCUUUCCAGUCAUUUCUGCUGUUCUAGUAUUGAUAUUGAUAACACUUCCGAGUGACUAUAAAUCACGAUUCUUCACAUUUAAUUUUAUAUUCUUGGAUCUGAUGUACCUUUCAUAUAUUAUCUCAGAAUUUUUCACGACUGAGUUGGUUGUGGAAGGAGGAGAAUGCGUAUACAAAACUAUAAGAUGGCGUCUUCUGAAGAAAUGGCAGUUCUACGUAGACAUGUUGUUCCUUGUUGUUCCACUUUUAUCGUAUCAUAUUAGUUAUCGAAACUACGGAUUAUUUAGACUUUUGAGGCUUUAUCUUCUGUAUGAUUUCCAUGAACAAUUUUGUAAAGGUUUUCAGAGUACAAUUGCGCCUAUUUUACUUAAAUUUGUUAUUGUCUUCUUAUUAUUACAUAGUAUGACCUGUGGAUGGGUGUUUGUGGCGUGUCGAGGUGGUGGCAUUAACUUUAAACCAGAUUUAUUA